CUGCGUAUAAAAAGCUGUACAAGGGACUUUUACCUCAAUAGUUUGAAAAACAAGUGUUCGUAGUUUUCUUUAAUUUGUGAGUGCAUGCGUUGUUUUGUCAUCCUUUAAUACUGCCAAAUUGUUCUACAUUGAAAAAAAAAUGAGAUUUAUGGGACUUUCGUGUUCGCACGAUGUGUGUAACGGAAGGGUUUGCAUGAUUGAUCCUUCCGAAUUACUACGUCCUGAAAAUCAGUUUGCGGCUAAACCAGUUGGAAAUUAUAGAGAUUUCUCGAUAGACGUAAAUGAUCCGUUAAAAGAGCGUGUUCGAAAAACCUAUUUGGACAUGCAUACUAAUCAAUGUGUGGAUUUUGUUAAUGAAAAAAUAAAAGAAUGGACUAAACAUGACAAAUUUGAAGCCACUAUGAUGGAAGCUAUAGUAAAAAUGAAUGACUUGGUAGAUGAAAGUGACCCCGACGCAGAUAUCCCAAAUAUAGUUCAUGCUUUUCAAACUGCUGAAAGAAUUCGUGCCGAACACCCAGAUGAAGACUGGUUUCAUCUAACAGGGCUCAUUCAUGAUGUUGGAAAAAUUACGGCAUUUUAUGGUGAGCCUCAAUGGGCAGUUGUUGGAGAUACAUUCCCGGUUGGGUGUGCUUGGGCUAAUUCUAUCGUUUACCGAGAUACAUCUUUUAAUCGGAACCCAGAUACAUGGAAUCCCCGAUACAACACAAAAUUUGGAAUGUAUUCUCCUAACUGUGGUUUAGAAAAGGUAUUGAUGUCUUGGGGUCACGAUGAAUACAUGUACCGAGUUUUAACGCACAAUAAUUGUAAAUUGCCGGAAGAAGCGUUGUAUAUGAUUAGAUUCCAUUCAUUUUACCCUUGGCACACCUCAGAAGACUACGACCACCUUUGUUCUUUGAAAGAUUUUAGAAUGAAGCCAUGGGUAUUAGAAUUUAAUAAAUUCGAUCUUUACACAAAGGGAGGAGAGCUUCCAAACGUCGAAGAACUUAUGCCUUAUUAUCAAUCCCUAAUUGAUAAAUACAUUCCCGGAGUUUUGAAGUGGUAGUUGUUUUUGCAGUGGUGGGUGGAGGUACUUACCACUUGAAUUCUGUUACAUGGUAUAGAUAUCAGUAUUUAUUUUUAAUUUCUCAUCCAGUAAUAUUCGGAUCAAAUGUAAAAUAUUUAUUUAUUAUUCAAGUUUAAUUGAAUAUGACGAAAGAUUUUUGCCUCGUGCAUUUUUGUCUCGAAAGUUUUGUAUUGUUCUCACUUACCUACUCGCUUGGAAAAAAUACUUUUUUAAGCCAACACUCAAAUGAAUUUGGAACAGUUAUUAUAAGACACACGCAUAGUAAACUUAAUCUAGGUAAUUCAUAUCUUUAAUUUUCAUGUAGGUAUAGUUUCAUUAAUCGCGAUUAUUUUUCAUUUUAUUGGUAACAUAUUGUAUUAUUAUACUUUAAAUAAAUCGUUACCAUUAAGGCCA